CCGGGACAGAGUUUGCACGUCCGGCCAAAGCGGAAGAGGCGGGGUCGCAGCUGCUAGCUUCAUCGUGCAAGUUGUUAUUAGCAGAGCUGCUAUUCAUUUGUAACGUAAUAGCAAAAGGCAAAGAAGAUACUGCAUAUAUCCAUGUAGCACUUGUUUCAUUGGUUGCACGUAGUUGAUGUAGUGGCCAGGUUUAGCCCACUGUUAAAUUGCGUUGCUUCUCUUUAGUUUUAUAGGUUCACCUGUCAAGUUUAGCUAGUGGCUAACCAGUGCAGAGCAGGUGGACGGGGCUGGAGCGGUACACUAGUGAUCAUUUUUAAUGUAAACCAGCUAAGGUAAGCACCAAGCUCGUUGAUGGCAGCUCGGCAACCUUUUACAGACACGGAUACUGCCGACGAAGCAGUGAGAGCAACCUGUGACGAUGCAUCCAUAUGCAAAAGGUUUGCAACCAGUAAAGGCUACUGGAAAGAUCCUUAUGUCCAGUACUUUGUGAGAUCGGUGGGGGAACGCAAGGCUCCUGAGAUCAACAGAGGUUACUACGCCCGUGUUCAAGGCAUGAACCACCUGCUCGAUGCAUUCAUUAGGAAAACAGAGUGUGACUGCCAGGUGAUCAGCCUGGGUGCCGGACUGGACACCACGUUCUGGAGACUAAAGGAUGAAAACCUCAUGCCCAGGAAAUACUUUGAAGUGGACUUCCCAACUGUUGUGGCCAGGAAAAUACACAAUAUAAAGACAAAACCACCCCUGUCAAAACCCCUCAUCGAAACCCACUCCACAGACUCCUUACUACUAGAUGGCCACAGCCUUGACUCAGACCGCUACUGCAUCGUCGGAGCCGACCUCCGAGACAUCUCGAAUUUGGAUGAAAAACUGAAGAAGUUCCAGCUCAACCCAGAAUUGCCCACAUUACUCGUGACAGAGUGCGUGCUCGUCUACAUGACGCCCUCUCAGUCCUCCAGGCUGGUGCACUGGGCAGCAGACACCUUUCACACCGCCAUGUUCAUCAACUAUGAACAGGUGAACAUGUCAGACCGCUUCGGUCAGGUGAUGGUCGAGAACCUGCAACGUCGCCAGUGCAACCUGGCAGGAGUCGAGGCCUGCCAGUCUCUGGACUCACAGAAAGAGCGGUUUCUGAAGGCAGGAUGGGAGCAUGCUGAUGCUCUGGACAUGAUGACAGUCUACAGUGUUCUUCCUCAGGACGAUGUGACAAGAAUUGAGCGGCUGGAGUUCCUGGAUGAGAAGGAGCUGUUGCAGCAGCUCCUUCAGCACUACAGCAUCUGCUGGGCCAUCAAGGAUAAGCUCAAACUGGGUCUGGCACAGUUGGCAUUCUGAGUGGGAAAUUGCUGCACUGUUGGACUUGCUUGGCGUUUGUGCGUGCCACAAUCAACAACAGGAGAAGACAUGGAAUAGGAGAUGUGGAGAAGAGGAAGCCCAUAUUCUCCAUCAAACGCUCGUCUGGAAGCAGUAAAAGUGUGAAAACUCUCGGCAUCAGCAGAAUGAUAUUUUUAUGAGUUUUCUUUGCUUCCCUGAUGUGGUCACAGCGGUACGGGAUGGAGAUGAGAGGUUAAUAGGUCAAGGAGCGUUAUGGGGCUUGACACUAGACUGGCACUGAAUCACAUCCUGCAUAGAGGAUCAAGUCUGUAUUACUCAUUUGCUUGCAGACUUACUGUGUCUGUGACUACACAGUCACUUUCACUUCCCAAAAUACGAUUUCAGAGUAAUUGCAUAUUACAUCUAUCACAUUUUACAUUUUGUUGUUGGAGGAAUAAAAAAUGUAUGAAGUUUUAAGGAUCUAACGAUUAUCCUUGUCAGGUUUUAUGUGCCAUUUUAUGUUUAUUUAUUGUUGAAUUGUAGUUCCCAUACUUAUUUUCAUAUGAUAAUAGAAACUGGGAAUUACAUUAACAUAAAUGCAUGUGUUGAUUUUAGUAUUAAAUCGCUAGGUAUGCAUUAAAUAACACUGCUGGUUAAUUUAUAUUUGCCUGUAAUAUGUCUAGCAAUUAGUUUUCAUCAUUUAGUUAAAAGAACAUGCCAGUUAAAUUUGUAAAAGGUUAUAUUUGAUGAAUGCUGACCUAGUGGCGUUGAAUAAAGAUGUUCUUUUGUGUACAA